AUGUUACCAAUUCCAAGAUAUCCAAUUCAACCACAACAACCUAAUGUUUCAGUAGUACAAAGUGGAUACGAACAACAUACAUAUUCUCAAAAAGAGAUUGAAGAAUUAAAUAAUGAAAAUUUAAAAUUACAACAUGAAAUUGAAAUGUUGCAAGAAGAAAUAAAGAAGUCAAAAGUUCAUCCAAUUAAUUUUACACCACCAAUUGCAAAAUUAGAAGUAAAUCCAAAAAUUUAUCGAUUUAGACCGUUUAUUAUAAAGUUGACAAUUAAUACAAGUUUUGGUAUUCAAUUUAGUGGAGAAGAAGUUCUUUCUGCUGUUACUAAAGCAAAGAUAAGAAAAGAGAAUGAUAUGUUUACAAAUAUUACUACAUGUUGGUGUUCAUCUAAUAAAGAAAUAGUUGAAAUUGGUGUUUCAAAUACUGGAACUAUUGGACCUUAUCAAACUGAUGAAGGAUUUGUUUAUAUUCUUGACCAAUGUAGAAGCCAUUGUACAAGUAGUAGAGAUCAUCAUCAUGGUAGAUUAGUAAUAGUUGUUGAUCAAUUACCAGGAAUACCACCAAUCCUUUCUAAUGGAUUUGAGUUAUGUGCUAGAGUUAAAGGAGAAAUACCAGAAGAUGGGAUUCCAUAUUCUAAAGACCAAAUUAUAACACCAGUUCCAAAUGUAAGAGAAAAACAUCGUGUUGAUUUACAAUAUGAUUCAGUUGAUUUAUUAUUUACAGCAGUAUUUGUAUUUGCAUCAUCAAUGACACAACAACAAGUAAUGGAAACAUUGAAUGAAAUUGUUUUAUUUUUAAAGAGUACAGAAGGGUAUAUUUCAAGUUAUUCAACAGAUUCAGCAGGAUUGUAUGUGUUAUAUUGUUAUUAUUCAACAUAUCCAUUAAGUUGUUCUGCAUCAGUACAACUCAAAGCAUAUCUUUCUAAUGAACAAAAAAAUUAUAUGAAUCAAGACCUUCAUUUGUCUGGUCAAAUGAGAUUAUUAGCAGUAAGUUUAUGA